AUGAAAGAAACUGUUGUGGAUGUCGUUCCGAAGAGAAUCUCUGGGCUUCAAUUUGGGGCACUUUCCAAUGAGGAAAUUGUGUCUCAAUCUGAAGUUGAGGUUUCGACAAGAAAUCUUUUUGACUUGGACAAGGGGAGAGUUCCAGUUAGCAAUGGUGCACUAGAUCCUCGAAUGGGUAUUUCUUCCAGUAUGGCCGAAUGUGCUACAUGUCAUGGAAAUUUGGCCACAUGUCACGGACAUUUUGGUCACAUUAAGUUAGCGCUUCCUGUUUUUCACGUUGGAUAUUUCAAAGCUACAAUACAAGUUCUUCAGACAAUAUGUAAAAAUUGUUCUGCAGUGCUACUAGAUGAAAACUCUAAAAGGAAAUAUCUUGCUGAGUUGAGAAGGCCGGACAUUGAUAAUCUGAGAAAGAUGAAAAUAGUGAAAAAAGUUUUAGACCAAGCGAAAAAGCAAAGGAGGUGUCUCGUUUGUGGUGCCCUUAAUGGAGUCGUUAAGAGGGCUGCUGCUGGUGGCGGCGGAGCUGCGGCAUUAAAGAUUGUUCAUGAUUCUUUCCGAUGGGUUGGCAAAAAGGGAGCCGAGGAAAAGACUAGAUGGAAUGAUGACUUUCAGAAGUACUUUCGGCAGAACCCAGAUUUAGAGAGAUUUUACAAACGGUGUUACGAGGAUUUAAAUCCUUUGAGGGUGCUUAAUCUUUUCAAGCAAAUUACACCAACUGAUUGUGAGCUGCUUGGUAUUGAUCCAGCCAAAGGUGGAAGACCCGAAAUGUAUAUUUGGCGGUACCUACCGGCACCACCAGUUUGCAUUAGACCUUCUGUUAUGAUGGGCCAGUCCAACACAUCUAAUGAGGAUGAUCUUACGGUGAAACUCACCGAAAUCGUGUGGACAUCUUCUAUGAUACGAGCCGGAAUACAAAAAGGUAUUACAUUGAACUCUCUGUUCGAGCAGUGGGAUUACUUACAGUUGGCUGUUGCAAUGUAUAUCAACUCUGACUCUGUUUCUCCAAAUCUUAUGCCGGGUUCAACCGGUGGUAGUAAGUCAUCAAAGCCUAUCAGAGGUUUUUGUCAGCGUUUGAAGGGUAAGCAGGGUCGUUUCAGGGGAAACCUUUCAGGUAAAAGAGUUGAUUUCUCUGCCAGAACCGUUAUUUCGCCAGAUCCAAAUCUUAGAGUGGAUCAGGUCUGUAUCCCUGAGCUCGUGGCAAAGGUCCUUACGUAUCCCGAAAGAGUCACUCGUUACAAUAAGAAUAAGUUGCAAACCCUCGUGCGUAAUGGUCCUGACUUAUAUCCCGGGGCCAACUAUUUGAUCCGCAGAAACGAAGAUGUCAAACGUAAUCUUCGAUACGGUGAUAGAAACAAGCUCGCAAAAACAUUGAGUUUUGGUGAUGUUGUGGAAAGGCAUCUUGUGGAAGGAGAUAUUGUGUUGUUCAAUCGUCAACCCUCUUUGCAUCGUUUAUCGAUUCUUGCACAUUACGUUACAGUCAAGAAAUGGCGUACCUUUAGAUUCAAUGAAUGUGUUUGUGCGCCCUACAAUGCAGAUUUUGAUGGUGACGAGAUGAAUCUACACGUUCCGCAAACAGAAGAAGCGCGUGCUGAGGCAGCUACAUUAAUGGGUGUGAAAAGUAAUUUAUUAACUCCAAAAUCUGGAGAACCUAUUAUUGCCGCAACACAGGAUUUCAUUACAGGAUCAUUCUUAAUCACAGGCAAGGAUUCCUUUUAUGACAGAGCGGUUUUCACAGAAAUGUGUGUCAUGAUGUCGGAUGGUGCAACAAAAUUUGAUGUUCCUCCUCCAACUAUUCUGAAGCCCGCGUAUAUGUGGACAGGUAAGCAAAUAUAUAGUCUGUUGAUCAGGCCUAAUCAUGAGAGCAAGGUGCUCCUCAACUUCGAUUCGAAGUCGAAAACAUUUAUACCCCCUAAGGAUGGAUUGCCAAACGAAAUGUCUCCAAACGACGGUUAUGUCCUUGUUAGAAACUCACAGCUUUUGUCUGGUGUUAUGGAUAAAGCUCUUCUUGGAGGUGGAAAGAAGACAUCAUUAUUUUAUACCAUUCUUAGAGAUUAUGGUGCUGAUGAGGCUGCAAAGGCGAUGAAUAGAAUGGCUAAGCUCGCGGCUAGGUAUAUGGGAGAAAAGGGAUUUUCGAUUGGUAUCAAUGAUGUUAUCCCUAGUGAGCCUGUUAAACAGAAAAAGCAAGAAAUGGUUCGAAUUGCAUACAAAAAGUGUGAUGACCUUAUUAAACUGUAUAAAAGUGGAAAAUUGGAAACACAGCCGGGCUGUAAUGAGGAAGAAACGUUGGAGGCAAAAAUUGGUGGUUUGCUAUCGAAGGUCAGAGAAGAAGUUGGUGAAUUCUGUAUAAAUGAAUUGGAUCCUUCGAAUGCUCCAUUGAUUAUGGCUACUUGUGGUUCUAAAGGUUCGACCUUAAAUGUCUCUCAGAUGGUGGCUGUGGUUGGUCAACAAAUUAUAUCCGGUCAUAGGGUUCCUGAUGGAUUUCAGAAUAGGACUCUACCACACUUUCCAAAGAAUUCUAAGACACCUCAAUCUAAAGGUUUUGUUAGUGAUUCCUUUUAUUCCGGAUUGAACCCUCCAGAGUUUUUCUUUCAUGCUAUAUCCGGAAGGGAAGGAUUGGUUGAUACUGCUGUUAAGACAGCUGAGACUGGUUACACCUCAAGAAGAUUGAUGAAGUCUAUGGAGGAUUUGAGUACUCAGUACGAUGGCACUGUUCGUAAUUCUGGUGAUGGUAUUGUGCAGUUCAGAUAUGGUGCAGAUGGCUUAGAUCCUAUGGAAAUGGAGGGUGAUGCGGUUCCUGUAAAUUUUGAAAGAACUUGGGAACACUGUUUCUUCGUCACGCUUAAUCAUAGCGACAAAGCAUUGUACCCAUAUGAGGUAACGGAUAUUGUUAAUAAUACUCUCAAUCCAUUGAGAGAUAGUCUUAUCCGUCGUGAUAACUUGGGUAAAAUUGUUGCAAAGAAUGAGGAGAAUAAAAUUGAAUAUGUGGACAAGAAUGAUGCAAAGAGAAACUUUUAUGAAUCCAUUAAAAAGUUUGUUCGCAAGAAAGUUGGAGUUAUAGCUAAAAUGAGAGAAGGGCAUUCACUCGAUCCAAUGCUUAUUAAGCCAAAGAACAAAGUGGUGACAAAUAAGGCUGUGGAAAUGUAUCUUAUAAAUAAGCUCCAAAAAAUUUCUGUUCCAAUGAUUAAGAAAUUUUUGGGGUUAUGUCUUACUAAAUACAUUAAGGCUCGUGUCGAACCAGGAACGGCAGUUGGUGCAGUUGGUGCACAUUCUAUUGGUGAACCAGGUACACAAAUGACGUUGAAGACUUUUCACUUUGCCGGUGUUGCCUCUAUGAAUGUUACGUUGGGUGUCCCUCGUAUUAAAGAGAUUAUCAAUGCCUCAAAGUUGAUUUCGACUCCUAUUAUUAAGGCUGUUCUGGUUAAUGACCAAGAUGAAAGGGCAGCUCGUGUUGUCAAAGGAAGGGUGGAGAAAACCACCUUGGAAGAUGUUACGUACUACAUCGAGGAUGUUUACAAGGAAAGUCAAGCAUAUCUUCAGGUUAAGAUUGAUCUCGAUACAAUUGAAAAGCUUCAAUUAGAGUUGACAAUUGAUCAGAUUAUGGAUGCAAUUGUCAAGACUAAAUUGAAGAUUCCAAGAUCCUGCGUUUCUAUUGUUGGAAAGAAUAAGAUUCAGAUUUUAGUUAGCGAGAUGGGACUCGAGAAUGGUAAGCCAAGUUCGCGUUCAACUUCUUCUAGGGAGAUUGCUGCUCUUGCAAAGAAAGAUCCAGAUGAAAGGGAUCGGCUAGAAAGAAGCUCGUUGUUUUACAAAAUGCAACAAUUGAAGAGACAAUUGACUAAAGUUGUUGUCAAGGGUUUGCCUGAAGUUGCCAAGGCAGUUAUUAACGUUCGUGAUGAUGGCAAAAAGGAAUUGUUGGUUGAAGGAUAUGGUCUCAAGGAUGUCAUGGCUACUGAUGGUGUGAUUGCAACUAAGACUAAGACUAAUCAUGUCAUCGAAAUUUUCCACGUUUUGGGUAUUGAGGCUGCUAGAUCAAGUAUUGUUUCCGAAAUUGAUUAUACUAUGCGUUCUCAUGGUAUGGUUGUUGAUCCGCGUCAUCUACAGCUUCUAGCAGAUGUUAUGACAUACAAAGGAGAAAUUCUUGGUAUUACUAGAUUUGGACUUGCCAAAAUGAGAGAUUCCGUGAUGCAACUUGCCUCAUUCGAGAAAACGACAGAUCAUUUGUUUGAUGCUGCCUUCUACACAAAAGAUGAUAAGGUUGAAGGUGUCUCUGAAAGAAUUAUUCUCGGUCAGACUAUGAGUAUUGGAACUGGUUCAUUCAAAUUGUCUGUUCAAAAUAAUAUACCUCCGGAGAAGCUAGAGCCUAAGAAAACAUUGUUCGAAGGUCUUUGUAACGGAAUUCUUCCUCCGUCUGUGAGUGUCGCUUAA